AUGGCCGAGGACCAGGUCCUGCAGCUGGUCAAGGGCCAGAACCGGCCCUACAAUGGCGUGGCCGACAUGCUGGCCACCAAGGGAGUGAAGAAGGUGGCGGCAGAGCGGGCGCUGGAGGCGCUGGUGGCACAGAACAAGCUGGUUCGCAAGGAGUUUGGCAAGCAGAAGCUCUACAUACCCAGCCAGGAGGGGCUGGCGGCGCUGACCCCGCAGGAGGCGGCGGCCAAGCAGGCGCGCCUGGCGGAGCUGCAAGCGGCGUGCCGGGCGGAGGAGGAGGCGGUGGCAGCGCUGCGCAAAGAGGUGGCGGCCGCCAGAUCUGUGCUGACUGCGGAGCAGAUGCGGGAGCAGAUAGGGCAGCUGGGUGCGCAGAGCAAGCAGCAGGGGGAGAAGCUGGCGCGGCUGCGGGGCGCCGGCGCGCGCCUCGUGUCGGCGGCAGAGGUGCAGAAGGCGGAGCGGACGCUGGGGGAGCUUCAUGACGCCUGGGCCCGCCACCGCAGGCAGUUCCGGGCCGUGUGGGACUGCGUGUCCGAGGGGCUGGAGGGCAAGGAGGAGGCGCUGUUUGAGGAGAUGGGCGUGGAGAGCGACAGAGCGGUGGGGGCGGACUUUGAGGGGUGCCGCGCGCUGGCGCAGCCGCUCAAGAAGGCGCGGGUGGUGCUGGCACCGCGCCAGUGA